UAAUGAAAAAAUUUCAUUAGGGUUUUAGUUGGAAGCUAAGUUCCCCAUUUCUGGCUCGUCCUGGUUCAGGAGACAGCGUUCCCAUCCCAGACACAGAGAGAGAGAGAGUAGUUCAAUGGCAUGAACUCUCGCUGCAGUACUGGCGCGAGAGCGAAGCCCGAACUCGGUGCACCCAUGGCGUUCUCUACCGGAUUCCGCGUACUGCGCUACCAGCUCUCCCUCCCUCGAGUCUCGCCCGUCCGUUUUCGCCGGCUCCGGCAGGGUAUAUCCGAGCUCCGAUUCCUGUCGGUGAGUAAAUCGUCGAGGCAUGUUGUUCGGCCGGUGGCAGCCAGGCACAGAGAGGAAGAGAGUUCGGUAGAGGAGGAGGAAGAGGGGAAUGGGAGUGUGAGAGUGAAGGACAGGAACAGCGAUGGGAAAGGCGGAGACGGGAGGGGUAUUGUUCCCACGGUGCUUCACAAAGAGGCGACCGAGGCCUACAUGGCUUACGCAAUGUCGGUGUUGCUCGGCCGUGCGUUGCCUGAUAUUCGCGACGGCUUGAAACCGGUCCACAGGCGAAUACUAUUUGCAAUGCAUGAAUUGGGACUUUCAUCACGGAAACCCCACAAGAAGUGUGCUAGAGUUGUUGGGGAGGUUCUCGGUAAGUUUCAUCCUCACGGGGACACUGCUGUAUAUGAUUCACUGGUCCGAAUGGCACAGGAUUUCUCUUUACGCUUCCCACUGAUUCGUGGGCAUGGGAAUUUUGGAUCGAUUGAUGCUGAUCCUCCUGCUGCUAUGCGUUACACUGAGUGCAGGCUGGAAGCUCUUAGUGAAGCAAUGCUGUUGGCUGAUUUGGAACAAGAUACAGUUGAUUUUGUUCCAAACUUCGACAAUUCUCAAAAGGAGCCGUCACUUCUGCCUGCUCGGAUUCCAAAUUUAUUGUUGAAUGGUUCUUCUGGAAUUGCGGUUGGAAUGGCAACCAACAUUCCUCCUCACAAUCUUGGUGAAUUGGUGGAUGCAUUAUCUGUUCUUAUUCAUAACCCAGAAGCCACGCUGCAAGAGCUACUGGAAUACAUGCCAGGACCUGAUUUCCCAACUGGUGGCCUAAUUAUGGGUAAUACUGGCAUCUUAGAGGCAUAUCGAAGUGGAAGGGGGCGAAUUGUUGUUAGAGGGAAGGCCGACAUUGAAUUGCUGGAUUCUAAAACAAAGCGAACUGCAAUUGUUAUAACAGAAAUUCCAUACCAAGCCAACAAAGCCUCUCUUGUUGAGAAAAUUGCUGAGCUUGUGGAAAACAAGAGUUUGGAAGGUAUAAGUGAUAUUCGUGAUGAAAGUGAUCGAACUGGAAUGCGUAUAGUCAUUGAGCUCAAGCGGGGUUCUGAUCCAUCUAUUGUUCUUAACAAUCUAUAUCGGCUUACUGCUCUUCAGUCUAGCUUUAACUGCAAUAUGGUGGGCAUUCUUAACAGAAAACCUCAAUUGAUGGGCUUGAAGGAAUUGCUCCAGGCAUUUUUGGAUUUUAGAUGCUCUAUAGUUGAACGGCGUGCAAGGUAUAAGCUUUUACAAGCACAAGAUCGGAGUCAUAUUGUUGAGGGCAUCAUUGUGGGGCUGGAUAAUCUGGAUGGAGUAAUUGAUAUAAUUAGGAAAGCUUCAAGCAAUGCAUUGGCAUCUGCUGCUUUGAGAAAUGAGUUCAACUUGUCUGAAAAACAAGCUGAAGCCAUACUUGACAUAAGCCUGAGAAAGCUUACAAUGCUUGAGAGAAAUAAAUUUGUUGAUGAAAGUAAAUCCUUGAUGGAACAAAUAUUCAAGUUGCAGGAGCUUUUGUCAAGCAAAAAACAAAUACUACAGUUGAUAGAGCAGGAAGCAAUUGAAAUAAAAAACAAGUUUUCCUCUCCUAGACGUUCAUUACUGGAGGACACUGAUAGUGGCCAACUUGAAGAAAUAGAUGUUGUCCCAAAUGAAGAAAUGCUACUGGCAUUUAGCGAGAAGGGUUAUGUUAAACGAAUGAAGCCCAAUAUGUUCAAUCUUCAAAAUCGUGGAACCAUCGGGAAAUCAGUUGGAAAACUGAGAGUAAAUGACACAAUGUCUGAUUUCCUUGUUUGUCAUGCCCAUGACCAUGUCCUCUAUUUCAGUGAUAGGGGAACAGUUUACUCAGCUCGGGCAUAUAAAAUUCCAGAAUGCUCCAGAGCUGCUGCUGGUACACCACUUCUCCAGAUCUUGUCUUUAUCUGAUGGUGAGAGAAUAACUUCCAUUAUUCCUGUGAAUGAGUUUGAUGGAGAUCAGUAUCUUCUAAUGCUUACGGCUAAAGGUUACAUCAAGAAAGUGUCCUUGAAUUAUUUCUCUUCAAUCAGGUCAACAGGGAUUAUAGCGAUUCAGUUGGUUCCUGGUGAUGAGCUAAAGUGGGUCCGUCGUUGCACAAAUGAUGACCUUGUAGCCAUGGCUUCACAAAAUGGAAUGGUUAUCCUAACAUCCUGUGGGACUAUUCGAGCUGUUGGAAGAAAUACUAGGGGUUCGAUAGCAAUGAGACUAAAAGAUGGGGAUAAAAUUGCAAGCACGGACAUAAUACCAGCGAUAAUGCGGAAAGAGUUAGAUAGGGUUUCAGAAGAUAGCCAUGGCCGUGGCAGGGGCAUGAGUGGCCCAUGGCUGUUGUUUGUGUCAGAGAAUGGUUUUGGGAAGCGUGUUCCUCUCGGUAGCUUCCGUGUAUCACCCUUGAAUAGGGUUGGUCUGAUAGGUUACAAGUUAUCCUCUAAAGAUUGCUUGGCAGCAGUGUUUGUAGUUGGGUUUUCUUUGGCUGAUGAUGGUGAAAGUGAUGAAGAAGUUGUACUUUUGAGCCAAAGCGGAACAGUCAACCGAAUAAAAAUUCGGGAUGUUUCCAUACAAUCACGCUAUGCCAGGGGAGUCAUUUUAAUGCGACUUGACCACACCGGGAAGAUACAAUCAGCUUCUUUGAUAUCAGCAACUGAGAGUGAGCCAGAGGAAAUUGAAGCUGUUUCUAGUUUUAAAUAAAUCUGUUAGGAAUAAGAAUAUCACUUCCUAGCAUGUGACUUUGUUCGUUUCUGUUUUCUGUUUAUUUUCAUUUGUUGUUGUAGAAUAGGCCAAUGAGAAAAACCAAAAAUGGAAAGCAUCAGGGGUGGUGUUAUGCCCCCAUCCCGUUUACGGUUUUGACACAUUGCUUGGGAUCGCGGAAAGUGAGGCUGGUAGCUAUUAGUAUUUAUUUUUGGAAUU